GCGCGACGACGUUUCGCGUUCGCCGUUCAGUGUUGUGCGGGCAAUGAAACAGUUAACUUAUGGUUAUGUAAAGUACUCUCGCGCGGGUUCUUCGACGUUUUAUAAAGGGGGGCCCCCAAUUGCGGAGUUCGUCGUCGUCGUCGUCGGUGUGUGACCUAUUCUCCGGCGGUCGUCGUCGGUGUGUCGUGACGGCGGGGUUGACUAAACCCGUCUUAGUUUUCAGAGUGGCGUAUUGUCUGAAAGGUCUCUCCAUCUUUAAGGAAGGAAGGAAGAAGACCAAGGAAGAGCCACUAACCAAUAGAUAGUACUACGCAUUGUGGGAUAGUACACGCACAGAUCCAGCAGGAAAGAGAGAAAAAACAGUGUCAAAUUCCACCACUGGCUGGUACUGACAGCUCGUUUGACAGAUCGCGCAACCGAGCGCAGCAAAAAAAGAAAAUGGAUUACGGGAGUGCUUGAACGUGAGGAAAAAUUCAUAAUUUAGCUAUAUUUUUAUUAUAUGGUAGUUUUCUCUUGCCUUCUGUCGUGUUUCUGUUCACUUCUUCAUUCCAUCACACGCACACAGCCGCAGUAUUUGGGCACGUUUGCACAACCAGGCAGUGUGCUAGUGUGGGUGUGCCAGUGCAAAGAGAGGUGUUCACCAAAGAUGAGCGCAAGUGUAUGCGUGCGUUCGACGUCGCGAAUGUUUAUACGUGAAGAGAAAAAAAUCGAAUAAGAUUUUGACAGCUCGCCGCUUUUGAUCAAAUAAAAAUAAAGAAAAAAAGGCGAGUUUUAUUGAUUAUUUCCACGAAGGAGAUUAUAUCGUGAGCACGGUAGUGAGAGAAGCAAAUUAAACGAGCAGUGAAUCUUCACGUGUCCCCCGUGAAACCGAAGGAAUGUGCACAGUGGCCAAGUGGCCAGUGUUGGUGAGAAUGUGAGAAGCCAAAGAAAUCGUCUGGCUCGAACCUAGGGAAGAAAAAUGGUCGAAAUUGUGUCUAGAGCAUGGUGAAGAGUGCUGGCACCGUUGAGUGCGAAGAAGCAAUUAUAUUUCUAAUGUGCCCCGAGUGAAAUAGCCCAAAGUGUAGGAAAUGCACUGGAUAUGAGUGCAGCAGCAGUCGGCGUAAAAUGGAGACCGCUCGGAUUAAAAGGCACGUCCGAGUCGCGGUCAAGAUCUCCCGCUACCCGGUCUUUGCUCCAACAGGAGCAACUUCCAGCGCUGGUGUCCAUCAAGCAGGAAAAGCCCAGCAAGAAGAGCGCAACCACGCGCAAGAACAACAACAUCAACAACAACAGUCUUAAGAAAGUCAACAAAAAUCUCAACAAGCAGUCCCAAGUCCUAAGCAACUUUGACUUGGAGCCCGUAAUUAGGCUGAAAGCAGUUGCUUGGCCCCAAAACAAUUCCGAUAAGAAAGCUCGGGGUGAAGACCUCCAGCAGCAGGACAAUAACAAGAAAAAUACAAAAAACGAUAGCGGUGACAUCGCGAACGGUGGUGAUAAAAAACGUCGCACCGCCGGAAAGAGACAGCACUACAAUAUUGUUGCAGGGGAAAACGAUGACGUCAAGGCGACAAAGUUGAUACUACGGCGGCGCAACACGACUCCGCUGACAACGGUGCAAAGUGGUAGCACGACAAGUGUCACUGCUACCACCAACACCAACACCACCACGGCAAGGACGUCAUCGGCCAGAAGUUGCAGUGCAACAACAACCCGUACGUCGUCGGCGAUGUUAACCAGUACCAAUCGCGAUGCAACACCCAAUGUCAAAAAAGUCAAAAUUGAACCCCCGGAAAACAACAAUGCCCCCCAAUGCAACAUCAAGCAGGAACCGAUCGAUACGCAUCUCCGAUCGGACGAAACGAUCGAAACACAUCGCAAGUCCAGUCGGCGGAGACAGUUCACCGAUCGGAUCAUCGACACGAUGUGCAUACCGGAGUUUUACUUCAAGGCACGAUGUCGAAGCAAAACCAAAACAACAACAACAUCAAAUUCCAAGAAAAAGAACCCGGUGGCUGUAGUGGCUGCAGCUGCGGCCAAAUCUACCAGAAACACUCCAACCAGAAGCAGAUCCAAUGUUAAACCCAACCCCGUCAGCCUCAGCAAAGCAGCCAAAACGCCCAAACAACCGCCCCCAAGCACCCCCUCCGAAGGAGACUCAGUUCCUCAUUUGAAUCCGAUCUUCCUGUUUGUGAAACAGGAAGACACCCGGAUCGUCGAAGUCCGCUGCGAGGACUACGACAAGCGCAACCGUAUACGAAUCAAGAAAACCCCCAACGGAUUAUGGCGGUCCUUUCCGCGGACGGACGCCAGCUCGUCGGUGGUGUUUUCGUUGCUCCCCAAGCCGGAAAUCAAAGUGGGAAGACCCCCGUCCCGGGCCGCUUCCCUCGCGGGAGCACUUUUACAAAAGUACAAAAAAUCACACAAAAAGAAAAAGAAGCACAAAAAGGAGAAAAAGCGAAAGGAACACAAGGCGGAACAGGAAGCGCUGCAGGAAAGCGGAAUCUGUUUGGAAGUGCUCGACGAUGAGGAGGACGAUGUGGUUGAUGUUGAAGAAGAAGCAAAGAAGGUUGCUGCUGGAGAGCAGCACACCACGUUGAAUGGCGAGCAUAUGGAGGUCGACGACGACGACGAUGAUGUUAUCGACAUAACACAGUCGGAGGAUCACGAUACUAGUGCGAACCUGAAGGAUUUGAGCCAAUCGGAUGUUAAUGUUGAGGAUAUUAGCAAUCAAAAUAAUCUAACCGUUGAUAGCAACAAUAUCAGUAGUCAUAGUGAAUGUAAUACAAACAGUAGUAGCAUAAAUAUUGCCUCGAGCCUAGAAGAAAUCAGUACCAAUAGUAUUAACGCCACUAGUAACACAGAUAGCAAUAAGGACGAUGGCAGUGACAACGACGUCGUGCUGAUACAACCAGAAGAGGAGCCCCAGGAAAUACUACACCAUGGUGGGGCGAACACGGCCAACGGUGGGGGCGGCUGGCCGGAGGAGCUGGAUAACAUCGAGUCACAGAUACCAUCAACCAUCAUCUCGGUGCAGGAACUUCAGCGAGUUCGCGCUAGUGCGCAUGUCGGGGGCACCGUCGUCGACCAGCACACAACAACAGCGGCGCUCAAUAAUUUGAUUGCAUUAAAUGAACUUGGGUUUAAUCAUCAGGAAAACCACGCGAACGAGUGCAUUGAGAAAACAAUCUCCUUCCACUUGGAGUCCCUGCAAGCGGUCGCGGCGGUAGCAGCGGCUGCAGCGGCCGCUGCCGCCAGGAGCUCCACGACCACAACCGAUGCCAGCACUAUCGGGGCGACUGCCGAUGCUGAUGCCAGUGCAGCAUCUGCAGCUUCUUCCGUCUCCGCCUCCGCUACCAAUGGCUCCACUAUCUCGAACGGCACUAGUAUGUGUGCGAAAGAAGUUGGGGAACAAGGUGGUAGCGAACCGAUGCACACAUCAACAACUUCCGAUGCACCGAGUGUGCAUGAGAUUGACGACGAUGGAGACGAAGUGUGCGUUCUGGAGUCGGAACCAGUACAGCAGCAGCACCAGCGCCAGCAAACAAAAGGACGAAAUGAAAAUAUGUGCCUGGAUAGCGCAGUAUACGAAAAUUGUAAGACGGAAUCGGAUUGCAUCCAGAACGCGGAAGUGCAACCGCACAUCACCAUCAGUAGUGACAGUGAGCUAGAGGAUGAUGAUCCGAAGCAUCAUCAUCUGAGUGAGUUUAACGAUUGCAGUGAAUUGAUCGAGGGCAUUCGUGAAAUACAGUCCGCCAAUCCGGAAGAUUUGUUACAUGCCAACUGUGGUGAAAAUACAAUGACUGGUGCCGAAUUGCUCGAUUCGUUGGUGGAGCAACGGUGUGAAGACAAUCAUAUCUCGGGAACGGAUGAUCUCAAAAACACUAUCUAUUCCAUAUCAGACGAUUACAAUGAUGACGAUGAUGUGCUGCUAGAGCCCGAACCUGUUGCGGACAUCAUCUCGCGUCUUGGUGAAUCUUUGAGCACCUCCCCGAAGUGUUUAUCGUUUAACGAAGCUGGUGAAAUCGAAGGACUAACUGGUGACCUGUUCGACACCACACACCAUUCCCUGCAGAUGGAUGACAACCUGCCAAAUCCGUUCUCCUCGCAAAACCCAACGCUCGACGAGCUGUCCAUCACCAUCAAAGAUCUCACCGACAGCAGCGAGCAUGCAAACUCGUACUUUAACAGUGCAGAAAAAGCCAACAAAGAAUCCGACGAUACUCCGAUUGUGAUUUCGCCCGAUUCCUGCCAGGAAGAGCUACCCAAGGAUCUCAGCUGCCGAAAGCGCAGCGAAAAGAGUACCGAUUCCAUAGUGACGCUUUCGCCGUCGCCACGGCCGAUUUCCCACAGUUCCGAUGCCAUUCAGUCGCCGCAGCCCAGCGGCCUGCCUGCGGUCCCACCGUCUCCGGACAUUUUCCUGCAGCCAAAGUCCAUUUCCAACGCUGUCAUUGAAUCACUUAUGACGCAAGCUUCUGCGACGGCGUCGAAACCUCGAACGCAACAGAAGGAACCGCUAGAUCUGGGCAAGUGUCGAAAAUCUGCUAGUCCCACCGUGAGUUGCUCGGAAGAAGCCAAGCGACAGUCCACCUCCGAAGAUGAGCCCAAAACCAAGCGGAUCAAAACAGAUCCGGAGAAUAAAACCACCACCAACAACAGUGGGUCCAGUGCAAGUACAAUGGUUGAAAACAACAGCAGCACGGCUGGGCCUAGUGCAAGCGUUAGCGGUGGCAAUAGUGGUGGUUCGUCCUCGGGCAGCUCCAAUUUGGCCGAUCCAUCGCGGCUGGUGGAGAUGCUUACCUCUGGCACUGAUCCAGAUCCGCUCACGCAGCUACGACUGCUGGUCAGUAAUCCAGCAUGGAAGGUACCUGAUCCUCUACUUGUGCCAAAGGAUCGUCUCAAUGCAGUGCUAGCGUCACCAGCACGAGAGAUUCCACUACUGUUGACCACCCGGCCCGAACUGCGGUUACCUGAAGCGUUUGCAUUCCCCAACAUCCUGCAAGAUCCAGACAUACUGGUGAUUUCGCUGUCACAGCUGGAAAAGAUUCUCGAAACGCAGGACGAGUUGUUAAAGUUGAAGUCGAAGAAUGAUCCCAACAAGAAGACACUCAGUCCACUGGAGACGCUUAAGCAAACACUCACGGCUCAAGCGGCCAAGCAGAACCCAAUGAUGAGUUCGCUGCUUGCAUCCGGUUUGGCAGGAGACAUCGACGCGGCAACGGCUGCGGCCUUCAACCAGAUGUUGUGGCUUCCAUAUCUGGGUCAAAUGGGGCAGCUUGGUCCGGAGUUACUCAAGGCCAUGAUGAACAUUCCGAGUUCCAACUCUAGUCUCGCGGACAUGAUACCGUUUAUGGGCCCAAGGUUGCAGGACCUGUGCGGACUUGGCUCCAACGCAAUGGACUACAAGCGCCAGCUGGAAUUUGCCAUGUGGCAAGAUGCCCUAAACCAGGUCAACACUGCCAGUUUGCAGCGUAAACAGGAAGCGCAAAAGAAGGCAGCUGUGGCCGCGGCAUCAGUACACGUUGACCGCAAACCCAUCAUUCCACCAAAGACACUGGAACAGCAGCGUUCGGUUGCGGCCGUAGCUGCCGCUGCCAGCAUGUUCCAGCAACAGCAAGGACAACAGCCCAAAAAGUCGACCGCCUACGUUAUGAAUCAGAUGAACUCACUCUCGAUACCUCAGUUUAUGACCCCAUCGAUGCCAAAUAAUCGCUUCAACAACAGUCGAACCUCAUCGUUGCAAUCUCCAUCGUCGUCACUGCAGCAGCAGUUCAGCCCCACCGGGUUCAAAACCAUGCCAAACAUGAUGAGCCAGGCCGCCGCGGCCAGUGCGCAAAUGCGACAGCAGGCUCGUUCCCAACAAAUGUCGGCUGCCCAGAAGAGCAAACAGACCGCCGCCGCCGCAGCCAACUCCAUGUUCGCCAACAAUCCGUUCUUGAACCUUCCAACGUCCUUCCAAGAUUUCCACGAGCAACAGCAACAGCUGGCUCGUAAGCUCCAGAAGGAGCACCACCUUACCCGGGAACAGCUGCAACAACUUCACCAGGAGCAGGAGCAGAAACCACGCGUUACCUGCAAAUCCCUGAUGAACCUGCUCCAGCCGGAAAAGCAACAACAGCUGCAAAAACAGUCCACCAACAGCAAACUCGCCAACCUGAUGGCCCUGCCCGGUAUGGACAUCUAUGCCACCGGUCAGCACGAUACGUUGCAACAGCAAAUAUUCCUGCAACAACAGCAGCAGCAGCAACAACAACAGCUGCUCCAGCAGCAACAGCAACAACAAUUGCUACAACAACAUCAGCAGCAGCAGCAACAACAACAACCACAGGCUAAGCUCAAAGUUAAGCCUGGUCUGCAUCUGCUUGAUCCGGCCGCCAUUCAGCGUCGGUUGCUCAACACCGACGAGCUGCCCGGCGAAGUCGGCAGCACAACCAGCGGCCUGGACGAUUCGACGGAUUUGAGCUCACCGCUGUGGCAUCCGCUCUUCGGAAGCGCCCAAAAAACACCCGGAAGCAGUAGCACCAGCAGUGGCGGUGGCAUCGGAGGCUCCUCUAGUGCGGGUACUUCCGGUUCCAGUUCUGCCGCCGCAACCGCCGCCGCCGUAGCUGCCGCCUACAACAGCCCGUGGCAAUGGACCACCAUCACCGCCAGCGGGGAAUGA